AUUGGCCAACGGCUCCUUUCAACCCUGCCUCGUUGGUGGCCACUGGAGAAGCGCGGGGGGCUCCCCAGACAGCCCUGGGGACAAGUUAGAGCCAGCACUUUACCCCGGGCCUCGCGUGUAGCUUCCCCUCCCCUGCUCUAGGUGCCCCGGUGUCUGGAGGGGGGUGCGGGGGUGUGCCCUCCUUACAUGUUCCAACACCCGGGCAACCCUCUGGGCUCGUGUUCCAUCUUGCUCUUGCUUCCUGCACGGUGGUCAAGGGGAACCACUUUGCAUCAUGUCCCGGUAUAGCUACCAAAGUCUCCUGGACUGGCUCUAUGGGGGCGUCGACCCCAGUUUUGCAGGCAAUGGGGGCCCCGACUGUGCUGCCUUCCUCUCUUGGCAGCAGCGGCUGCUGGAAAGUGUGGUGGUCCUGACCCUGGCCCUGUUGGAGAUCCUGGUGGCCCUGCGGCACAUCCUGAGGCAAACGGAGGAGGACGGUAGGGGUGGCCGUGGCAGACAGCCAGAGCAGGUGACCCAGCGGCCAGAGGAAGGCAAGGAGAGCCUGAGCAAGAAUCUGCUCUUAGUAGUCCUGUGCCUGACCUUCGGGGUGGAGGUGGGCUUUAAGUUCGCCACCAAGACCGUCAUCUACCUGCUCAACCCCUGUCACCUGGUCACCAUGAUGCAUAUCUUUCUCUUGGCCUGCCCUCCAUGUCCAGGAGCUGUCGUCGUCUUCAAGCUGCAGAUGCACAUGUUGAAUGGAGCUCUUCUGGCAUUGCUGUUUCCUGUGGUAAAUACCCGCCUG